CGGCGAGGGCGACGGCGGCCGCGACCCCGCGCCCGCGUGGCAGGACGACGACGACGACGAGCUGCAGGUCGACGUCAUGGCGGGCGGCUCGCGGCUACGCAAGCUGCGCACCCGCCCUUCGGAGCGCGUGCUUGGAGGCAAGGAGUACGAGGCGAGGCUUCGCGCGCAGUUCGCGGCUACGCAGCCGGCGACGGGGUGGGCGGAGAUGCCGGCGCGGCGCGGGGCGAAGGGGAAGCAGCGGCGACCAAAGCAACCGGCAGGCGGCGCGUCGAGUGACGAGGACUCGGACGGGGCGGUCGAGCAGCUCGCGGCCGAGGCGCAGGAUGCGCUUCUGCGCGGCGCCCCGUCGCUUCUCGGCCGUUCGGACGCGAUCUCUGGCCAGGAGCUCGCCGUGAAGCGGACCGUCGACCUCAACGCCGCCGCCGCCUCCAACUCCGCCGUCAGCUGCGUCGCCUGGCACCCGAAUGGUCAGCUCGCCCUCACGGCGGGGCUCGACAAGACGCUUCGACUGUUCCGCGUCGACGGCACCCGCAACACGCUGCUGCAGUCUGUCCACUUGCCGAAGCUUCAGGUCGCCUCCGCCGCCUUCUCCUCCGACGGCGCGCGAGCCUUCGCGUGCGGCCGAGGGCGCCAGUGGGCCUGCGUCGACCUGCACAGCGGCCGAGCGACGAUGAUGCCGCCGCUCCCGGGCAGGGAGGAGGCGGGCUACCGCGAGGUUGUGCCUUCGCCGGACGGCGCCACCAUCGCGCUGCUCUGCGACUCGGGCGCGCUCCUGCUCCUCUCGC